AUGUCGCCUGGAGGAGGUAAGUCCCGAAAUUGUUCCUUCUUCUCUGUGUGCGUGAGUCUCUGUGUGCGCGAUUCUGAGAGCGUGAGAGCAAAUGAGGGUGAGUUUCCUAUUUUGAGUCGUGAGGAGCAACGGUUGUGCGAUCGUGGGAACGACGUGGGUAGUUGUUCGAUUGGUAUUGAUGAUUCAUUAUUUGAAUUAAACUUAAUUUUCAGUUUUUUACUGUCGGUUUUGAUAUCAUUCGGUGCUCAUGGCAGACCAAUCCUUUUUUUAUUGUUUUGUUCUUUAGAUAUUGGCGAGACACAACUUAUUGAUUUAAGGUCUUCGCAGCUCUUAUACCGUCUUUCUGAUGAGAUUGCCGCUGACAUGUUCAGAGAGCACACCAGAAAACUAGCAGAGGAAAACAUCUCCACUGCAGUUGAUCUCCUGAAGUCUCGAAUGCAAGCGGGAAGAACCACUCAAGUUGUGGAAGAGAUUGAAAAGGUUUUGGCGUUAAAUGAUUUACUUUCACGCUUUAGUAAACAUCCUGAGUCUAGUAGAUUUGUCCCUGGCGUUGGUCCAAUUUCCUUAUUAGGUGGAGAAUUUGACAGUGACAGAAAAAUUGAUGAUCUGAAAUUGCUUUUUAGAGCAUAUGCUUCUGAAUGUUUUCCAAAUGGACGCCUUGAGGAACAGAAGCUUGUGGCUUUGAACCAAUUGAAGAACAUAUUUGGUUUAGGAAAUCGUGAAGCAGAUGCAAUAUUGCUUGAUAUCACUGUUAAGGUCUAUCGUAAGCGGCUAUCUCAAGCUGUUUCUAGUGGUGAUUUGGAAGCAGCUUCAAGCAAAGCGGCCUUUCUUCAAAAUCUUUGUGAAGAACUUCAUUUUGAUCCCCAAAAGGCUAGCGAGAUACAUGAAGAAAUUUAUAGGCAAAAGCUGCAGCAUUCUGUGGCUGACGGUGAGCUUAGUGAGGAGGAAGUUUCUUCUCUUCUUCGUAUUAGAGUUCUCCUCUGUAUUCCUCAAGAAACUGUUGAUGCUGCACAUGCUGAUAUCUGUGGCCGUUUAUUUGAGAAGGUUGUUAAAGAUGCGAUUGCAUCAGGAGUUGAUGGUUAUGAUGCUGACAUCAGGGCAUCCGUGAGAAAAGCUUCUCAGGGUUUACGUCUAACAAAGGAAGCUUCCAUAGCUAUUGCUAGCAAGGCGGUGCGCAAGGUGUUUCUAAAUUAUGUGCAACGCUCAAGAGGGGCUGGCAAUCGAAUUGAAGCUGCAAAGGAGCUUAAGAAGAUGAUAGCAUUUAAUACCUUGGUUGUCACUGAAUUAAUAUCUGACAUUAAAGGAGAGCCCGUUACUGCAGAGCCUAUUGAAGUGGAGAUUAAGCCAACAGAGGAAGAAGAUGAGUUGGAGUCACUGCAGACAUUGAGAAAGUCGAGGCCCAACAAAGACCUUGAAGCAAAGCUUGGAAAGGGAGGCCAAACAGAAAUUAAUCUGAAGGAUGACCUCUCAGAAAGGGAUAGAACUGACCUCUAUAGGACAUAUCUUCUCUUCUGUCUUUCUGGAGAAGUGACUGUUGUUCCUUUUGGGGCUCAAAUCACCACAAAGAAGGAUAACUCGGAGUAUCUCUUAUUAAAUCAGCUUGGUGGAAUACUUGGAUUGACUGGCAAAGAAAUAGUGGAAGUCCACAGAAAUUUGGCUGAACAGGCAUUCAUGAAGCAGGCUGAGGUGAUUCUUGCAGAUGGGCAGUUGACUAAAUCUAAGAUUGAGCAGCUAAAUGAGGUGCAAAAGCAGGUUGGACUGCCUGCAGAAUAUGCACAGAAAGUAAUUAAGAACAUCACAACAACAAAAAUGGCUGCUGCAAUUGAGACAGCUGUUAGUCAAGGAAGGAUUGGAAUACAGCAGGUUCGGGAAUUGAAAGAAGCUAGUGUUGAUUUAGAUAGCAUGAUCUCAGAGCGCUUGCGUGAGAAUCUAUUCAAGAAAACAGUGGAGGAAAUCUUUUCGUCUGGUACAGGCCUAUUUGAUGAGGAGGAAGUUUAUUUGAAAAUCCCAGCUGAUCUUAAUAUAGAUGCUGAGAAAGCCAAAGGAGUUGUUCAGGAUAUCGCCAAGCAUAGGCUAUCAAAUUCACUGGUUCAGGCUGUGUCUUUGCUUCGACAAAGGAAUCGAGAUGGAGUGGUUGCUUCACUGAAUGACAUGUUAGCCUGCGACUCUGCAGUAGCUUCCGAGCCCUUGUCUUGGUCUUCACCUGAGGAGCUUGCCGACCUAUAUUGUGUAUAUCUGAAGAGCAUUCCUAAGAGAGAGAAGCUUGACAGAUUGCAAUAUCUUUUGGGAAUCAAUGAUUCUACUGCUGCAAUGCUCAGAGACACAGCAGAAAGGGGAGCAUUGCCCAUUGGAAAUGAGGAAGAAGAGAUCGUCUUCUAGGUAUUUAUCAAAUUUUGUAGUGAUUUAAUUUCAAUAGAAUUCAGGAAGAACCCUAGUGAAGCUUUUAGCAAAUACAUGACUGUGAAGAGAAGAUUGUAUGUCUCUGUAAUGUUUUGUAAUAUAGUUAGCUUUGGAAGCUUGCAAUUGCAGAAAAUUGGGACAUAGCCAUUUUUUUAAUUGCUGCUUUUUACAUUUAAGAUAAUAAUAUUCUUGAA